AUGUACAUUGCCUUCUGUCAUAUAAUCGCUAGUCGUGGACUGCUCCCAAGCAGUAAUUUCAAGAAGAGGACUCUCGACGAUGCCGUUGAUCAGCAGUACCUCCGAGAGCUAAUGCUUGUAGUCAGCCCUACAGAACACGACGAAAAUGAUGCUAUUGAAGUUUACUGUUGGAGGAUGCGAUAUGAUGCCGAUGGUGAACCGCAAGCAGAGCUGAGACAGAAUACAGCACUUGAAAAAGCAAGUAGCAGAGUUGAUGCUCAGGAUAAGAUCGCUAUGCAAAGGACUAUUAGGGCUUUACAUAUGACAGCAUCAGCAACUUUGGGCGAAUCACUUAUACGGACCGCACCGGGAUUUUAUCGUUCUCCCGAAGAUUUUCUUUUGAGGUCGGAUGCACAAGAAAUUGAAAUAGGAGCAAUGCAAACCAAUUAUCAUGGCGCUUCUGUGGUUGUGCAGAGCGUGUACAUAGACGACGCAUACGCUGCAGAGUUGAGACUAAGAGAAGGCAUGCAAGGUGAUGUUUUAAACGAUUCGUUGAACGAUUCUUAUGGCGAUGAAGCGGGAGCUGGAGAUGACGGCAACCGUUCUGAUAAUAACGAUAAUAACGAUACGAUGGAGCGUAUUAGUGGGACAAGUGAGCGUCAGGCGGAUGCUGUCGAGGUUCCUCGUAGUGAAAUUUCUACCAGAGCUGAUGACAGCGGUAGCCGCUUAUCAAGUCGAAUUACGGAAUCGGCAUCAAAAAGACGAAAUGACCAGUGA